UUUUUUUUUUUUCCUUUCUUUCUUUCUUUCUAUCUCUCAGUUAUAGCAGAAAUUUCCCCUUGAAACCUUUCUUUUUUUUUGCAUUUUCUUGACUACCAUUUAAGCUAUGAAUCUUUUCUUUGGUAAAGGCAAAUCGAAAACAACAGCCAAAGAUGCCAUUUACAAACUACGUGAAACGCUAAGCAUGCUGGAGAAAAGGCAGACCUUUUUAGAAACAAAAGCAGAAAAUGAACUGAAAACAGCCAAAGCAAAUGCAACAAAAAACAAAAGAGGUAGUGUGAAUGAAUGUUUUAUUGCGACAGUGUGUGGAAAAAGGAAAAAGCCAUCACUGACCCAUGGAUGGAUGGUGGACUGACGGACUGACGAACUGACUGAUGGGGAACCACUUUUAUAGCUGCCUUGAUGGCUUUAAAGAGAAAAAAGACGUAUGAAGCCAAUAUUGAAAAGAUUAACGGUGCACGCAUGACCAUUGAAACACAAAUGAUGGCUAUUGAAAAUGCUAAUGUCAAUUUGGAAACCAUGAGUGCCAUGCGUGCAGGUGCAGAAGCAAUGAAAAACAUUCAUGGCUCCAUGGAUAUUGAUAAGGUAGACGCUACAAUGGAUGAUAUUCGUGAUCAAAUGGAUAUUGCAAACGAAAUUUCAGAGGCUAUUUCUCGACCAGUGAAUAUGGGUGAUGAAUUAGACGAAGAUGAAUUAUUGAAUGAACUGGAGGAAUUAGAGCAAGAAGAAUUAGAUGCUAAAAUGUUGGAAACACCAUCACCUGUUGUCUCAGCACCCAACGUUCCCAAUCGUGUGCCUACCCACAAUACUCAGAUUGAAGAGGAUGACGAAGAAGCAGAACUCAGAGCAUUGCAGGCUAGCAUUGCUAUGUAAAGAAAGGAUAGAAUGGGUGGGCCAUACUGCUGCAUGAUUCGUCCCCACUUUUCAGUCCGCAACUACCCAUCAUCAACCAACGAUACAAACAUCACGUGUUUGAGUAUAUCUAUUUACAGCUUAUUCACCUAUAUCUCUUGUCAUAAAAUAUUCUCUCCCUCGCACUCUUUAACGAGGAUUCCGUCCGACCAAUAAACGGAUCAUCCCUAUGUAGAAACAAACAAAAAAAAAAAAAAAAAAAAAAAAA